AAAACCUUUUAUACCACCUCUCGUGUGAUGAAUAACAGAUCUGAAACUUUCCCAAUAUUGUUGUUUAGCAUAGUGAAGUUGUCCUUCAGUGUCCAAGAAAUGUCCAUCAAAGGUGAUGAACCACCCCCUGAAUACAUUGUUAAAGAAAGCAAGUUUGGAGCUAUAGAGUCUUCCCCAGAAUUGGGUCGAAUCCCCAUCAUUGAUGUCAGUCUCUUCUCCCCACCAUCAAUUGAUACUAAGGAAGCAGAGAUUGAACUAAACAAACUCAGAGCAGCUCUCAGCUCAUCAGGCUGCUUCCAGGUAAUAGGUCAUGGGAUUUCAAGUUCCUUUUUGGACAAGGUACGCGAAGCUGCAAAACAAUUCUUUGACCUUCCAGUGGAAGAGAAGCAAAGAUACUCUAGAGAAAUUUAUGGUGGCCGUGAAGGAUAUGGGGAGGAUGCCAUUGUCUCAGAGAAGCAAAUUCGUGAUUGGUCCUACCGCCUAAUUCUUCGUGUAUUUCCUGAAGAUCAAAGAAGGCUCAAUCUCUGGCCAGAAAAUCCAAAUGAUUUUGGAGAAGUUGUACAUGAUUAUGCAACAAAGGUGAAGUUUAUGAUGGAUGUUCUGUUUAAGGCCAUGGCCAUAUCUUUGAAUUUGCAAGAGAACAGCUUUUCGGAUAAGCUGUUUGGAGAGCAAGCUCAGAUGAUAGCAAGAUUCAACUUCUUUCCGCGGUGUUCAAGGCCUGAUCAGGUGUUUGGUGUGAAGCCACAUACAGAUGGGACAGGAUUAACUGUUCUGUUGCAGGACAAAGAAGUAGAGGGUCUUCAAGUUUUGGUGGAUGGUAAAUGGGUUAGAGUCCCCAUUGUGACACAUGCCAUUUUUGUUAAUCUUGGUGCUCAAAUGCAAAUUAUGAGUAAUGACAUAUUCAAGAGCCCACUGCACAGGGUGGUGACAAAUCCAGAAAGAAUGAGGCUAUCUGUGGCCUUGCUUAAUGUACCAGAUCCUGAAACCGAGAUUGGUCCAGUGGAGAAACUGAUAGAUGAGACAAGGCCAAGGAUAUACAAAAAUGUCAAGAACUAUUCCAGUAUUAACUAUAAGUGCUUUCAGAGAGGAGAAGUAGCACUUGAAACAUUAAAAAUCUAAAUUUCACUUCUCUGUACCUUUAUGAUACAGAAGUAGAUUGUGUAAGCACUAUGAAACUUUUUAAAUAAGACCAAUCCCUUUGAUCAUAAUCAUAGGAUGACUUCCCUUGUUUGCUCGGGUCACAUUUUGAACAGGAUGUGAACCAAGACAUUUGCUAUCCUGACAGGUUGACCCUUAUAUCUCAAAAUAACAGAAAAACAGAAAUAAUUAACUAAACUUGGCCUGAUGACCCUGGAUUUGAUUUGCUCUCCUGAUGGUUCAUAUCCGUUGAAUUGACAAAAAAGGAUGACAUUAGUACAUAAUGCAACUCGAAAUCUAUAAUAAGCUACACAAAGAUAAUAUAAGCCAAUCAAUUUGUUGAUAUAAUGCCAUCAGAAAACGGUAAAUUUCUUUUUCUAUCUCGAAACACUUCUUGUACUCGAGAAACUUCUUCUCAUAAUCUCGGUACUUCCUUUAUAUGGUUCAAAAUGGAUCUCAUGAGCUUUAUGAACCUCUCGGCUAACCUCCAAGAAUUCAUCAUGUUGUCAAUACUCGAAUUCCCUACGAACCUGAAAUUUCUAGGUAGAAAUGGAGUACGUACAAAGUCUGUCGAGCAAUAAGGAUGUGCUGAUCGUAUGCUAGA